CAGACUGCCUUUCACUUAGCCAUGAGCCUCGGAGAAACCUGGCAAGUUACAAACACUCAGUGAUGAUACGGUAGCGUAAAGUUAUAGUUAAAUGAUACUAAAAUGUAUAAACAUUGUAGUCAUGUGGUGCCAAAGUUGUUGUGCUUAGGUUAUAUCCUGUUGUUUUUUUGUGGGUCAUCAUCUGGUCUGGUGCUGCGAGCAUACAUCUCACAACAUGGCCUCCACGGCGAAAUAGAAUUCUCACACAAAAACGAGACCCUGAUCAGUAUUAGAACCAACCUCAAACCAACUUUACAGUACCCUGAUGGUGUCUGGAGAUGGACCAUCCACGAAUUUCCUGUGGACUACCGAGAUUUAACUGGAGAAAGAUGUUCCGAGACAAAUCUAGGGAGGGAACUCAUAGACUUGACGGAAGAACUGGGAUAUCUUAUCAUCCCAGGCAAAGACCACGCUGAAUUCGAAAGCAGAAACAGUCUGACUGGUAUUAGUGGACUGUGGGGGAAGAGUAUAGUAUUAGAAACUGCAGAGAGAGACAGAGUUAUAUGCGCGUCUAUACUUUCCACUGAUAAGUUGUAUGAGAAGCAUGCAGUCGCCAGGUUUGCGUCUCCAGUCGCAGGGACAUUGCAUUUCCGAUGGCUUUCUGCGCGUGAAUUCGACGAGUCUGAUUCAUACGUUCAGGCCGACUUAUACCAUACAAAAGCUGUGACAGACAAAAUGGACUACACAGAGCACAAAUGGAAGUUGUUCGUGACAGAUAUUUUCGAUUCUGACAAAGGGAAUCAUGAAGAUAAUUGCAAUGUGCUUCAGUUAGUUUUUGAUCCAGAGAACAGUGGUGAUGGAAUGAGUGUGGGAGAUCUUGACAGCAGGCUGGGUCUGGUCAAAGUGGCCACUGACGCUAAAAAGAAGAAGCUGAAGUAUCUUUAUAAGGAUGAGGUGCUGAACAUCCUGAGGAGUGACAUGGAGGUGACCAAGAGGAGUCUGUACGUGGUGAUCUUCGACAAUAGACAUUCGGAUAGCUUCUUGGCGUGUGCGAAGUUGAGGGUGAUGGAACCGAAGAGCACAAAGGCACUUAUCAACAUGGACGGCAUCCGCGGCACGGUAGAGUUUAGCCAGCGCUCGCCCUUCGACCCGACCUGGGUGAACUUCCAGCUCGGCGCCGCGGACCAGGACUACGAGUCCAACCUGCGCUUCGUCAGCUCCAUGAUGCAGUACAGCAUCAAGGAGCUACCACCGAGGCUACUGGAUGCUAGCCAGGCCAACCACUUGUGCAACACUACCGGGGGAAUUUAUAAUCCUCUGGGACUCGAUCUGAACUCCUUGCCACCGCCAGGCAUGGGCACCCAAGACCAGUAUCCCGUAGGAGACCUGCUGGGCAAGUACAAGGACCGCACGGAGUACCUGAACCACAAGUACCUGCUGCCCGGGCUGGCCAGCGAGCUCAGCGGCGCCUACUGGGACGCCUUCCUGCCGCUGCAGGGCGUCCACAGCGUGAUGCACCGCUCGCUGGUGCUGGACAGGCGUCCUCCCAAGCGCGAGAUCUGCGGCACCAUCCUGCCCUACGAGUACGGCACGGAGUUCCAGACGCCGAUGAGCUCGGCGCAGGUGGUGUUCCGCUACCCCAUCGUGGGCCGCGUCGUGUUUCGCCAGCCGCUCGGCCGGCCCUGGGAGGACACCACUAUCAUCAUCGAGAGCAUGAUCCACGCCGACGGCGCGAACGUAAACAACACGCAUGAGCACCGCUGGGCGGUGCACGAGCGGCCUCCGGGAGCUGAUUACUACAAUUGGACGGGCCGCUGCCUCAGCGCUGGUGGUGUUUACGAGCCCCAUGGUGUAGCCGUGGACGCACGCCAUCCUGAGGACUACUGCCGGCCAGGCCUGGAGGGGCUGUGCAAGAUCGGUGACUUUACUACCAGACACGGCAUGCUCUCAGUAGCCGGCAAGAAGGCAGAGAGCGCGCGGCUGACGCGGCGUCUGUUCACGGACACGGCGGCGGCGCUGGCCGGCAAGUACUCCAUCAUGAGGAAGUCGCUCGUCAUCUACGACGACCACGGCCCCGUGGCUAGGGGCGAGAGGAUGGCUUGCUCUAUAAUCAACGGCCUCCACCGCCGCAAGGCCGUAGUCCGCGACUGGUUCGGCAACGGCGAGCAGGUCAACCUGAAGGGCAAGCUGGAGCUGAUCCAGCAGUCCGAGUAUGACGUCACUAAUGUCGAGGUCACGCUGGAGGGCCUGGACGGGAUCAAGAACUAUAAGGUUCAUGUGGCCCCUGUGGAGAAAGAACUAGAGUUCCCAUGUGAAAAGACGACCUUGUAUGACACUUAUAACCCAUUCAAUGUGGACAAAAACUUUAGUCCUCCGCCGACAAAAGGUACCGCUGAUCAGUACGAGCUGGGAGAUCUUGGAGACAAGUACGGUCUCAUAGACGACAUGAGAAGCCUCACCACGUACUACAACGAGACGCAGAUGUCAUUGUUUGGGCCCUACAGCAUCAUAGGACGAUCUGUCGUGUUACAUAAAAAGAGCAAAGACCGUCGCUGGGCGUGUUCCAGCAUAGAGCGUGGAUAUUCCCCAUCGGAGGCGCGCGAGAUCCGGGGCAUCGCGUCCUUCCACCAUCCCGGUGGCUUCGCCUACGGCUAUGUCAGGAUGACGCAACUCAUACACAAUGAUGGUAGCACCAGCGAUACAGUCAUCGAGGUCAAGCUGAGGCAUCCUGGAGUGCGGGAUAGGAAUCUUACUCACAAUCACCCGUGGAACAUCUUCGUGAACCCGGUGGGCGUGGACGCGGCCGUGCAGGUCACCAACACGCGCUGCGUGGCCGGCGGCUACCGCUGGAACCCAUACUUCACGCAGCUGGCUGACCCUCUCAAUCAUGACUUGUACAAUCAAGAAUGUGGUGCCGACAAUCCAUUGAGGUGUGAUGUUGGAGAUCUAACGGCGAGAUUGGGGACCAUAACGAUCGGCGGUCCUCGCGAGGUGUUCGUGGACAGCAACUUUCCCUUGGAAGGCACGGUGUCAGCGAUGGGUCGCUCGCUGGUGAUCUUUGGGCCGGAGCGGAGCGGCGAGCGGUUUGCGUGCGCUAAUAUAGAGCCUGACAAGGACAUCAUUAAGGCGUUUAAUAUCAUGAAGCCGCCCAGAUUUGUGCUGGGCGGGUUCCUGGAGGAGGUUCGUAAAGUCAUGGGCAUCCCGGAGUGGAUGCUGGGUGUGGAUUCGCGUCGCACGCGCCUGCUGCACGCCGGAUCAUGCAUACAGGUGCUGCUGCACUUCACCGGGCCCCGGGCCAACGAGCUGGAGCUCGACUUCACCAGGUUACUGGCAUCAGGUCGCCUGGACUCGCCCAGCAUCUUCAUCCCGGGCUACGUGAACACCAAGCGCAAGAAGACCAUCUCCUACCGCCAGUGCGGCGUCACCGAUCCCAACGAGAAGAAACGAAAUCUGGAAGGCCCGUUCCUGUUCUUCGGGCCCGAAUCGCUAGAAAAGUAUAAGAGGCCGGCCUUGAAGAAUUUGGACCAAGAUGACUUGAUGCGUAUAUACGGGGAGGAGGCGGCGAUCGUGGUGUUCAACAACCAGGAUUCGGUGCCGCUGGCCAGCGGGAACUUCCCACGUCUGCGGAAGAUGCUCGAGGGCCUGACGACCCUGGUGCUGCCUCAAGACUUCCUCGACGUCCAUCCGGACUACAUCAGCAAUGAGACUCAGAUGCUGACGCUGCAGGGCCCGUGGUCGGAGCGCGACGCGCAGAUGACGGAGACCUUUGCGCGGCUGCAGGACAUCUACGGCAGCGGCAGGGUCUUGGGUAUCUUAGGCAACUCGGUCUCCCAGGGUCCUUCCCUGGAGUACUCGGAGCCGGGGUCGUGGGCUCGCGCGCGCCGUGAGGCCGACGCGAGCGCCGAGCCGCCCGCCGAAGACGAGAAGCCGCCCAAGGUGUUGCAGCGGUUCGCGCUGUAUAACGCCACUGGUCCUCCCGGUCGCAGCGCUCUGCUUUACUCGACCGGCUGGCCCGAGAUUCGCUGGGCCAACGGCUCCGUGACAGUCCUGGAUACGCCCGUCGGAGAGCCCACCGUGAAGCCCACCCGACUGUACACCAUCCUCGUGGUCCGCUUCGCUGACGGAGACUCCAGGGAUAAGAUCACCCUCGAGUUCAGCUUCAAGCAGAGCGCGGGCUGGUGGCAGGCGGUGGGCGUGGAGGUCAAGUUCGGCGUGGAGCCCACUGGCCUCAACCUCAAGGCUCCCUCGCCGCCCGACGCGCCGUCAGCCGUGUUGGGCCAUUCGUACGAGUGCUCGCUCCCACUGGAGUACUCCUCGGAGGAGGCUACGUUGCUUUUCCCUGAUGUUUUGAUGCAACCGUUUAUGGACAACACUGAAAAGUUUUCGGAUGCUUUUAACUGCAUCGGAUUCACGACCGUUCCUAUUUGGUCUGGUCUCUUCGUGAGCUCCAUGCUCAUUGCUGGCCUGGUGGUGUCCAUCUCCAUGAUCCUGGACAUCAAGACCAUGGACCGCUUCGAGAACAACCGGAGCAAGCAACUCACCAUCACCGUUAGCGAAUAACUUCACCAAUUUUUACCAAUAUCCAUUAAUGUUGUUGUCUAUGUCUAUUCGUAGCAGGUAAGUUUAAAUAGUUAUUAAGGGAUUUUGUAAAAUUUAUUGAGGUGGUCAGUAAGCUGUUCAGAUCCUGUGACAGGAUCUUUUAGAUUUGUAACUUAAUCAAUGGGUGCGUUUGGCGGAAAAAAAGCGUUUGGAAGCGCUUGUAAGCUAAAUGGCGACCGCUACGGUGGCUUCAGGAUCAUUGGAUUCAUUAAUGUUUAUUGAUUA